AUGUCCUACUACAAUGACGCCUCCUGGGCUGCGCCGGUCCCCGGCCGCCAGGCAUCGUGGGAACAGCCACCGCCGCCAUCGCGCUCAGGUACCGGACACGGUGUUUACACGGGCGCCAGGACUCCGAGUAACAUGGACAUAGGCGCUAGUUCGACGGUGAACGAAGGCAGUGCCUUUGCCUCGCAGUUUGACGAAGUCGACCGUGCCCAAGAAAACCUCGCCAAGAGCGGAAAGCCUUUUGGUGGCGCUGCAUACCCGCCCGCGCCCAGCAGCACCAGCGGCGGCGGCGCUCGUCGCGAGUCGAUGCCUAUGAUGGGAGGUGCGCCGCGCCCUUACCCCGAUUUCGAACAACGCAUGGGCGGCCCGCAGCGCCACCACUCGGUGAGCGACUACGACGGCGCGCGCCCGCACUCGACGUCGAAUGUGCAGGGUUUCUACCAGAACCAGCGCUAUGCGCCCCGGCCCAACGAUGCGGACCAGAUGGCUCAGGCGAAGCGGCGGAUGGCGGCUCAGCGCGAGCGAGAACUGCGCAACUACCAUCAAGAGCAGCAAUACCACAGAAACGUUUCUGGAUCAGCAUCCAAGUCCGACCGCUCCAUGAGCCCCAAUGCCAUGAAUGAAGAGGAGCGCCGCGAGCUCAUUGCCCGCCAGCAUCGUGCCCUGUAUGGCGAGACGUCGACCUUGUACAAUAACAACCCCACUUCAAGCCAGGACGUGCGAGUCCAGACGUCAGGUGCUGCCCGUGGCGCCUCUCCUUUGGCGUUCGAUCCCUUUGGUAUGCAGGCGCAGAAUGCAUCUGGCGAGGCUGCUGUUCAGAUGCCCCCGCGAGGAGAUAAGGACGCGACGAGUGGAGCCCAGGAGGCCCGUGCCAAUGGCAAUUCGUCACCAGCCUCUAGCCAGAAUCCAGCCUUUAGCCUAUUUGAUGCUCAGCAGGCCAGUCGCACCUCCAACUCGUCGCCCAGCGGCGGCUCGCCUCCCGUCUCAGGGUCCAAGGCGAACGGAUCCGGUGUCGCUCCCAUUGGGACUCGCCCAUCCACCAACCAGCACCAGCCUACCGGUGCCCCUCUCGGGAAGCGCGCGACGACGCCUCUUCCUUCGCCCCUUGGUUACAGCUCCUACAAUGCUAGUGAGCAGAACAACCCUGCUGCGACGUCUGCUUCUUUGAACCCUUCUUCGACCGUGACCGACAAAGGCGUCGGUAUUUGGAAUAACGGCCCCUGGGGCAAUGCGCCUAACCAGAGCGUCCAGGCUUCCUCUGCACCACGCGCAACUUCCCCCGUAAACAAUGCCGCGUCCGGCUCUACGACCGCGCGCCAGGCUUCGCCUAAGCCCCCCGGUGGCCCCGCGACUGUUAUGCGAAGGAAGGCGGCCGCUGACCGCGCGGAGAAGUCGGCGAACCAGCGACCAAGCAGCACAAGAGCAGCUGGUGCGGGUGGUAGCUCCAGCACCAUGUUGAGGCUAUACACGGAUGAGUCGCCGGGCCUCAAGGUUGAUCCGGUUGUGGUCAUGACACUGUCUGUCGUCUUCAUCUUCAGCGUUGUCGCUCUUCACGUUAUCGCCAAGGUCAUGCGCCGAUUCUCCGCAUAA